CUGUUGCUGUUGAAUAACGCAGGUCUACCAUUUGCUUUACGCUUGAACUUGAGCACUCAGUCAGAGCACUAAACACUGAACGAGCUCAGGAACUUGCGUUUCGUAACGUAUUGUGUGAAUUCACCAACAAUUUGAUCUCUUGGCCUUUCAUUUUGGUUCGGUAAUGGGCUUACUGUUGCCUCUGAGAUUCUGGACGACACAAUAAUCAAUGUGAAUAAUGUCUCAGUUGACUUUGAAGCAGUUUAUGCUCCGCUCAGAAGUUCUGAAACUGUACCGAGACUUGCUGAGGAUAACGUUUAAGGUAGAGAACCCAAGCUAUCGCAAGCAGCUUCAAGAGUGGAUAAGAAGUGAUUUUGAAAUGAAUCGUCAUCACACUGAAGAGGAAGUGAUCAAGAUGAUGGUGUCCAGAGGGAAGCUGAGUCUGCGUGAGGUGGAGCAGGCUGUGCUCCUUGCCAAGUAGCCCACAGCAUCAUAUCUCAACUAUUACACAUGUUCAUCUCAUCUCUGGGAAUAACGUUAAACUGUCUUGUUUGUCAGCCAAGUACCAAGAGGAAUAUCAACAGAAAAUCAUUUCUGAACUGAGAGACAACGCUUCCAUCUGAUAUAUGUGCUGAAACAGUAUAAACAAUCUCUGUGGUUGGUCCCCAGAAAUAUCAAGACAUUACAGGCAACUCAUUCAACUCAUAUGUGUGAACUGUUAACAGCUUCUGUAGUUAGAAAAUAAGGUCAACCAAUAACUUUCCUCUCAUUUAUGCAGGUACUGUGUAUAGUUUCUGUAUUUAAACUGGAUCAGUGUCAACAAGACAUCAUUUGUUAAUUAAUUUAUUUGAUCUCAUCUGUGUGUGUAGGCCUCCUGUGGACAGUCUCAUUUUUAGUUUUCAGCAACAUCAAUACAUCAAUAGGACAAGAAAAGGAAUCACAGCGGUUCUUAACGUGUUUUUGUUGUUGACCAAUGUGCUCUUUUCAUCCAUGUCUGUAGGAAUG